AUGGGCUUGGACCUUGACCUUCCCGAAAUGAUGGACGAGAACGGCGACCCCUUUCUUCCCCCUCUCUCACUCCGGAGACUUCGAGCGGCUAGUCAGAGAAUUGACGAGAUCAAUGCGAGGAGCGAUUGCAUUCAAAAGGGUUCGGAUGACGAGGAGUUCCAGUUGAGGAUGAAAAUCAUGAAGCACAUUGCAAACGACAACGCUUAUGCCGUCAAAAACUUACUCAUCAACAAAAUUUGGGUUCCGGGAUCCUAUAGGAUUCCUUUCGAUACAAACCCGGGAUUCUUCGUUCUCCCAUGCAUCCCUCCCAACGACGCAAAGGACUGGACACCUGGUGGCAGGGGAUUCAACGCUCGCGAAGAGGGACGGGUUGUAUCAGAGGCCCAGCCAGGAGAUCUGAAUUGUGCGCGGGACCUGCUGACUGCAACGAUCAAGGCACUUGCAGAGAGCGCUACUCGUGAAGGUUGUGUUCGCCCUUUAGAUCUGAUUGGCAGUGAAGACAAUGCAAGGGGGAUGGAGCAGGUUCUUGAAGAGCUCGCUACUCGGACGGUCCGUGUGCCAGAGCGACAUGUUACUGGAUUCAAUGUCUUGAAAGUGAAACUUCAGAAUAGCUUGGAUUACAAAGUCCCCGAUCCCAUGCUUCUUGCAAUGAAGGCAGCCACAAAUUGGUAUUACAUGAUGACUGGCCUGAAGCUGCUUCCGGCCUGUAAGCCUCCAGAAGACCCUCUGAAGGAAGAGAUACGCAUCGCGAACGAGGAAAUUUGCGAGGAGUUGCGAGAGCAAGAUCUCUGCCCUGAGACGUGGGAAGAUCUCGCCAAGGGUCUUGGCCAGCCAUUGACGCCUGACAAUCGUCCAGCACACGUUUCGUUGCAAGAGACAGCAGAGAUGUCUGAUCUGGAUUCAACCAACAGAGAACUGAGUCCUUGUGAGCUUUUAGCUUUGUACGAUGAAAUCGAAGCUUGGGCUCUAUGA